AUGGCACAUGAGAUGAGGGGGUCAUUAAAGGACGAAGACGCAAAAUCUUUCCCUACUCCUUCCUUUGCUCUGCAGCCACUCGAGUGCAGAUGGAACCCCCGAUCACCACAUUCACAGACGUACUCCUCCUCGUCCACCUCCUUCACGCCUCAAGACUCGCAUCCAUCACCCGCUGCAAGCCAAUGCUUUGACGCGUUUUCCCUGGAGUGUCCCCAGCGCCUGCCUGCAUCAUGCAUGCACCAGAGCUCCACUGCAGACCGCAGUCCGUACCACAACCUCGUUACGGCUCACAAAAACGAUGGCAACCUCCUUGGCCUCUCCUCCCGAGCUCUGUCUUUCAGGACGCACCUUCUUCGCCGGGUCUUCUCGCUCGUCAUCACCCUUCCUCUGCCAGCGCCCGCGGCCAUACACGGCGUCGCCCUGGCAGCGGCUUCCACCUCCUUCACCCCGGGCGAGAGAGCAGAGGAGGGGAGUGCGGGCCGCGUUUACUUCAGUCAGUCGCGGGAGCUCGGGGAAACCGCACCAAGAAGCCAGCUCCGUGCUAAAGCUCACGCUCCAGCCAGGUCUUCACUCACUGUCGAUCGCCUCGCGCACUCGCUCGCAGACGAUCUCAUCGGGCUUCCAGCAGCGAUGUGGCGUCGCGGAUUCCUUGUGCUCUUGGGCGUGGCCGCCGCCCUGGCCGGUCCCAUCAGCCGCCAGGUGGGCGUGUCGGAUAAGGUCAGAAUUGUCUCCAGGAACGAAAGCUCUGUGUGUGUGAUCGACGAAGAAGUUUAUGCGGAGGGCGAGUACCUACCCACCGCCGACCCGUGCGAGGAAUGCCAGUGCAAGCCGCCGGGCUUUGCUUGCUUUGUGAUCAGUUGCGAGUACAAGCCGGGCUGUCGCGCCCUUCAGCGGUCCGGACUUUGUUGCCCGGAGUUUCGAUGCGACUGCGAAUGGGACGGCGCCGUGUACCAUAACGGAGAGCCGGUGCCUAACCUGGCCAACCCUUGCGAAACGUGCAUAUGCUCCGGCGGUGAGGUGGAGUGUUCGGUAAUCCAAUGUGGGUGGAGGAAUGAUUGCGAGGGCGUCUACACGGAUGGUGCCUGCUGUCCUUCCUAUGAUCAUUGUCCUCCCAAGGAUGCAGUUGAGGCAAAUGAAGCUGUGACUCAAGUUUCUCAGGCUCAAGAACAAGUUGAAGUUGAGGCUAGUGAAGCUGGAAUCCAAGCAUCCCAAGAUCAAGAGCACGUUGGUGUUCAGGCCAAUGAAGCUGUCACUGAAGCAUCUCAGGCUCAAGAACAGGCUGAAGUUGAAGCCAAUGAAGCUGUUACUGAAGCAUCUCAGGCUAAAGUUGAAGCCAAUGAAGCUGUAACUGAACUUAUCCCUGAAGCUUCUGUUGCUGAACAAGAAACUUCCCUUGACAUCAAUGAUUUGUCCAAGCAACAAACUCAAGAAAAUGGAACAGAAGAGGAAAUUAUUUCUGAACCAAUUGUUGAGGCCAGUAACACCGACGACGAUGAAUAUUGGAAGAAGAUGACCAGGAACUCUUCAUUGCCACAGACUGAGGAAACUUCACCUGCCUCAGAAUCAACAGAAGCUACUGCCACAGAAGCCAUUGACAAACAAAUUGAAAAGGUUGCCGAAAAGUAUGGACUGAAACCAACAAAGACCACAACACACGCUCAGAGCAAGUCACGAGCACAGAUUAACGAACUGAGGGAGAAGAGAAGUUUCGUUGAUAGUGUCGCCCACUACGUUGCAAGCUUCUUUUAAUUUAUCAGCUCUGCCAAUAUAUACUGCUAUGUAUGAUAGGCAGUAAGCCUUUUAGUUUUAAUGUUAUUUAUAUAAUGUAACAAUACUGGGCAGGUGUGUUUAUCGGAACA